AUGAGGAACACUCUAUCUACUCUACAUUCUCUGAUAACGAGGCCAGAAGGAAACCCUCCAGCUUCUCAGUCUGCUGUUGCUGCCUUGCCUGCUGUCGUCGUGCUCUUGGAAGAUGUGGAGAGUGGGGCUGCAUGCUGUACCGUGUGCAAUGAAGUAGCGGAAGUAGGAGAGGAGGUGGUGAGGCUGCCAUGCAGGCACCUGUACCAUGGGGCGUGCAUCAGGCAGUGGCUUGGCGUGCGGAACACGUGUCCCAUGUGCCGGUUUGAGCUGCCCACGGAUGACAAUGGGAAGGCAGCGCAGGCCGGUGUUUUCCACAUGCAGCUGGUGGAGGCAUGCAAGCUGGGUGAGGGAAGCAGGCAGGUGGUGCAGAGCGGGGCAGUCAAAGAGGUGCAGCUGGUGCAGGCGGGAUGCAGCGCCAAUGCUGUCCGGCAGCUCCCUCAAUUCCCGCGCACAGUGGAUCUGCAGAACCCUCAGCUGCGGCACAGCCCAUCCCAUGUCGCUUGGAAGCCGCUGCAUCUUCCCCGCGUUCCACAUGACCAGCGUGUGCAGCUGCGGGAGCAGCGCAAGGGAGAAGGGCAGCUCCACAGCCUCCUCCUGCAGCGCCAGCUCCACCUGCUUCACGCGCGCCAACCUGCUGCCCACAGCCAUCCUCUCCUCCGCCCCAACCAGCUUCAAGGAGAGCUUUCUCAGCCAAGGCAGCACGGAGACGUCUGGCAGAUCAGCCACGUGAGUUUGGAGCGUAGUGAGGCGGCAAAAAGCUUCGGGCAGCUGGAGGGGCGCAUGGCUGGUGGAACCGCAUUGGAUGAGCAGGAAUGUCUCGAGAGAGGGCAGGUGGCAGAGGGAGUCUGGUCUGCAGAGAGGUACUUCGGGGCGGGACUCAAGCAGUGGGAGUCCCACAAGCAAUCGCUGCCCGCGGCUUUUCUAGGCGUGGGCUGCUCGAAUUGCCAGAAGAUUUCAGAAAGAAUGUCGUCAGGCAUGCGCACGCCGCCAAAGUACGGCGACUACGAGGCGCAGCGGCACUGGAUGGAGAUCACGCUGCACCUGCCGCCCGCUCUCUGGUACCGCAACUCCACCAGCAACGACCUCGCCUGGUGGGGGCUGGACUACCCCCCGCUCACCGCGUGGCAGAGCCGCAUGCACGGCUGGCUGAUGCACCGCUUCUGCCCCGAUGCUGUUGCUCUGGGGACAUCGAGAGAAUAUGAGUCGAAUUACAGGUGGGUGUGGGUGUUGGGAGAAGGGAUGGGGAAGGGGAGGAUUGCACAGCUGGCCCACCGCGCCAACAGCAAAGCGCUGCUGCGAUGGACAGUGCUCUCCACGGACCUGCUCGUCUUCACACUUGCCAAAACGCUGCUGCGCUGGACGGUGCUCUCCACGGACCUGCUUGUCUUCUUCCCCGCCGGCCUCGCCUUCACCCACUCGCCCUUCCUGCGCCGCCUCUCCCCUGCCGCCUCUCGCCCGGCAUCCCACCACCUGUGGUUGCUCGCCAUGCUGCUGCUGCUGCAGCCGGGCCUCAUACUCAUCGACCACGGCCACUUCCAGGUGCGCCCUCCUCCACUUCCAGGUAUGCUCGUCACAAGCAGCAGCAACAUGGCCAGCUUGAUUGUUCUCAAGAAUGUCACAAGCCGGCCUUCCCUUGAUACUGCUGCUGCUGCUGCUGCUGCUGCAGCCAGUGCUCUUGCUUAUCGACCACGGGCAAUUCCAGCGCCACAGUACAACAGCAUCAGCCUGGGGCUGUCUCUAGCAGCGGCAUCGGCCGUCAUGUCUCGGCGCUACCUGCUGGGCAGUGCACUCUUCUCCCUCGCCAUCAACCACAAGCACCCGGACGGAAACCCUCCAGCUUCUCAGUCUGCUGCUGCUGCCUUGCCUGCUGUUGUCGUGCUCUUGGAAGAUGUGGAGAGUGGGGCUGCAUGCUGUACCGUGUGCAAUGAAGUGGCGGAAGUAGGAGAGGAGGUGGUGAGGCUGCCAUGCAGGCACCUGUACCAUGGGGCGUGCAUCAGGCAGUGGCUUGGCAUACGCAACACGUGUCCCAUGUGCCGGUUUGAGUUGCCCACGGAUGACAUUGGGUAUGAGGCGAGGAGUAGGUUGGUGGCAUCACAACGAGCACAGCGGCAGCAGGAAGAGCAGUAG